AUGGAGAUGGUGAUAAAGUUUGAGGUGACCUAUUGGCUUAGUCAUCUUUCCACAAAAAGAAAGGCAAAUCUCUCUAAUGCAACAAUUGUCAUAAGAUCGGUCACGAGGAAAAAGAUUGUUGGCAUAAGGGAAAACCUAAAUGCUUCAACUAUCAAAUUUGGGUAUAUAGCAAAGAAUUGCAGGUUUCAAAAUGAUGAGCAAGAGUUUAUGGAACAAUUGGCAGUUUUAGCAGGUGAUUUGUUGCUCUCUAGGGCUUGUGUAGCUCUAGCCUCUUUGCAAAAUAAUGAGGUUGUGUCAUUAAUAGCUGAGGUUGUACAGCAUCUUGUCACUGGUGAGACAAUGCAGAUGACAACAUCAUCUGAGCAGCGAUUAAACAUGCAGUAUUACAUGGAAAAGACCUACUACAAAACAGCAUCAUUGAUCUCAAAUAGCUGCAAGUCCAUUGCACUCCUUGCAGGGCAUUCUACUGAAGCUGCUAUGUUAUCUUACGAGUAUGGGAAAAAUUUGGGAUUGGCAUUCCAAUUGAUUGAUGAUGUUCUUGAUUUCACUGGCACAUCUGCAUCACUUGGAAAGGGUUCACUUUCUGAUAUUCGUCAUGGAAUCAUCACAGCCCCUUUGUUGUUUGCCACAGAAGAAUUCCCUCGAUUAGGUGAAGUUGUGCAGCGAGGCCUUGACAACCCUGCAGAUGUUGAUCUUGCUCUUGAUUAUCUUGGUAGAAGCCAAGGAAUUCAAAGAGCGAAGGAUUUAGCAUUGAAGCAUGCAAACCUAGCGGCUGCAGCCAUUGAUUCUCUGCCCGAGAGUGAUGAUGAUGAUGUUAGAAGGUCAAGGCAGGCACUCAUAGAUCUUACACUCAGAGUUAUAAACAGAACAAAGUGAAGAAAGAUUUACUUGAAGCUUUUGAAUUCCACUACUUUGUUUGAUCUAUUGUAUACAUGUAUAAUGAGGCAGUCCCUAGUGUACUGGUUGGCCUCAAUAUUCUUUCACAGGUUCAAUUAUGUACUUUUGCUGCUGUUCAGAAGCAGGUUUUUGUUGAACGUGGAUUACGUAAAGUAGCAGUAGUGAAUUUUUUAUUUUUUAUUUUUUUUUGAAAUAGUUACGAAAUUAAAAGGAAUUUUUUGUUUUAAGGCUCUUC